CCACAGACAAACACAUUUUAAAUUCAUAUACUCCGUAUUGUGUAUGACACGAUGUGCUGCAAAGAAGGCAGCACUCUGUCAAGUACCGUUUAGUCAAACUGCUCUUUGCUGGUGUUAGCUAAACGUCGGCUAACGUUAAUCUCUCCGUUUUGGCCGUUUUUGGUUGCAUUGCGACGGUUAUCCAGAAAGUAGCUCGAUGCUUUGAAUAAUACACAGUCGUCGUUAAUCGUUGUUUCAUGGUGACAUGUGAGAAAGGCAGGUGAGACUACUGGGUUUAACGUUACAUCACAAUCUCCACGGAGCCGAUAAUCGCAGGACACCGAGCUUAGUGCGAUUGUGAGCGACCAAAGAUGGCUCACCACGGCGUGUGGUGCGCAGGAGCUCGAUUUAGUGUCCUUGUAGUGGUUUUCUGCAGCAUGCUGGUUCCAUCACCCACACAGGCCUACAUCUAUGCUCAUUAUAGCAAUAUGACCUCCAUGUUGUUUGAAGACCUGCCUGCCUUUUUUGGCUCCCCUCUUCCUAAGGAUGGACUAAUGGGGGUUUUGACGGUGACCCGUCCACUCAAUGGCUGUACAGCAAUAGACCCUCCUCCUCCACUGCCACCGUCCUUUGAUGCAAACACCACCAAAUUCAUCGCUCUUAUUAGACGCUAUGAAUGCAAUUUCGAUAUAAAGGUCUUGCAUGCACAGCAAGCUGGGUACAGUGCUGCCAUCAUUCACAACAUGUACUCAGACAAGAUUAUUAAUAUGAACUACAGCAAUGACACUAUUGCGGAGGAAAUUGAAAUCCCGUCUGUAUUCACCAGCUACUACGCUUCCCAAAUCCUCAGGAAUUUUAUAAUUCCAGAGCAAGGGGCCUACGUGAUCCUCAAGCCGCAGUUUGCUUUUCCACUCUCGUACUACCUAAUUCCCUUCACUGGAGUAGUUGGCAUGAUCAUUCUUGUGAUGUGUGUCGUCUUGAUCAUACGAUGUGCUCAGUACAGAAAAAGAAUAAGGAAAAAUCGUUUGUCUAAGGAACAAUUGAAGCGGAUCCCAACACACCGGUUCUGCAAAGGGGACGACUAUGAUUUGUGUGCAAUCUGUCUCGAUGAUUAUGAAGAAGGAGACAAGCUGCGAGUUUUACCUUGUUCACAUGCCUACCACUGCAAGUGUGUGGACCCCUGGCUCACACAGACCAAGAAGACGUGUCCAGUGUGCAAACAGCGCGUCACUCGGAGCAACACAGAGCACUCGGAGUCUGAUUCUGAGGAAGAAGCUGGAGGACGCGGCGAGGAAGAAGGAACAGGCGGCCAAGUGGACACGGAGCGCACGCCUCUGCUUCGACCAUCCAACCCGGGGUCUCCGUCGCGGAGCCCAGGGGCCUAUUCAGCCACCACUACUGCCCAGUGCCUCGUCUCCCCCGCACUCUGCGACUCACCCAUCCUGGGCUAUGAAGGCUACCACUCCCCUCCGGAGGACACAGACUCCGAAAGCGAUGAGGCGGUGGAGUACAGGCCGCACACUGAUGAUGACGACGACGACACCACUCAGCUCAUCGGUAGGGAUGGCGUUGAGAUCUGAUGGCUGGAACAUAGCUGCAAUGAGAUUACUUAGUUUUAUCUGAAGGGGCUCUUUGUGUCGUCAGACGGGCUAUCACACUGUGCAUUUUAAUAGUUUGAGAGAUUUGUGGUUAGCUCGACAUUUAUGUAAACCAAGUUUUUUUUCCACACUAACCAGAGGAGGUCUGCUUGCUAGCGACAAAGCACAUGAAGCCUGUGCAUUGAUGAGUUUCACCAAAAUGCACUAUUGAGCAAACCCCAUCACGCACACUCAUUCCUGGGCUCCUACAUAUCUCUGUAGACCCCCCCCCCCCCUUUCUUAAUGCAUGUUUUAAUUUGUGACUUGACCACGGCAGGUGACAUAAACACUAGUGCUGCACAAAAGAAAUGGGUGUCGUGAAUCUAAUGUUCUGUAUAAAUAAGCGUGUGAGGUUCAGACUGUGUUACUAAACGGAACACUUGUUGGUUCUUAAGGUGGUACUGUAUGUACUGUAUGUACGGAUAAGGUGGGGUUUGUAGUGCUUCGAACUGCACUACCCUCGCUUUAAGGUGGUACUGUAUGUACGGAUAAGGUGAGGUUAGUGUAGUUUGAAGGUUUCUCUGUUGUCUUAAUCAUAAUAGUUUUACGUAUUUUUUAAUUUGUUUUGCAUCUUUUCCUUUCUAAGAAUGUGCACGUGAAGGGGAAAUGAUCAUCUUUUAAUACCCGUAACUCUCUGACAUUUGUUUAGCUACAUUUCCUUUUUUUGAAAUGUCAUAUUAUUCCCAUAGUUAACAACGCAAUAGUAGAUUAUCACAAAGAUGUUACACAUUUCUGCUGCUUUUAAAUUGUUAUUGAGGAUUUUUGGAUUUUUUUUUGGAAAAUAUGUUUAGCUUUAUCCGGUUUGUCAAGUUGAACAAACUCAGGUUUUUAUUAACCAAUGGAUGGUCAGUCCGUAUUGUAAAUAAAUAACAAACCAAUAAUUGAAAGGGUUUGUCCUUUUUAAAUUAUUUCACCUAUUUGAACCAGUAAAAUGUAGCUUGAUUUAAUUUUGAAUGGCUUUUUCCCCCCCAAUUUGUAUAUAGACCGAAUGAUAACAGUUUGAAUGGGGGGACCCUGGAUGUGUUUUUAGGAAAAGGAGCAUUGCCUUACAUUGGCCUUCUUGUACAUGUUGAUAACUGUUUGGAAAUUGAAGGGAAAGAUGUCACACUCCUUUUGUUUAUCUCUUGUGAAUUUAACACAUGGUUAGCAAUAUUUGAUUUUGUUCCCCUGUAUGUAAAUCUGCUCCACUUUUCUUUUCAAAAUGAUCAACAAGAUAGAGAGCCUUGUUUCCACAUGUUUAAUGCGAUAGUAAUAAUACAGAAAGGUAGCUCAGAAAGGGGCCAUUUGCAUAUUCAUUUUUGAUGCUGCUUUCAAACUAGAUGCUUUUUUUUGUUUCUCUAUUUCAUAAAACGACAUGGAUGAAAUCCUUGUCUUAAUUUGUAAGAGAAACUAUUUUUGCUGCUCCAAAUAUAUGCACAGGGUUGAUACAUGGAUCCAACAUGGUAUUUUCAUAUUUUUAUUUGUACUGUUUAUUACCUUACAGUUUGUAGAUAUUAUUAAGCAAAGGUCAAACUUACCCACUUACACCCUAUUCACCUAGACGGGAUUAUACAAAUGAGACCAGUGUUUCUCCUGUGCUUUUUCUUUGCUCCACCACUGGCUGGAAAUUGGAAAUUGGUCAUUUAAAUUUAGGGUAACUAGGAAAUAUUAUUAAUUUGAAAAUGUAUAACAGCUUUGACCUUUACCACGUAGGAGAGAACACUUCCCCCGAACAACACAACAGCAAAUGAUCACAGAGGAAACACUGCUUAGGAUUUGUUCACAUUCUGUUGAUGGCUUCUGUGAGUUGCAUUCAUUGUUUAAGAAAUCUGUGGGACUCCCAAAUCAUAACAUUCCAUCUUUUAGAUUUUCUGAUGACAUAACUCUAUUAGCAAUUGGUUGGGACGGGUUAGCAUUACUCGCUUGGAAAAAUAGAAUGUUUUUUUCCUUCCCUUAUGGGUACUGUGCAUUUCCCUUUUUUGCUCCUAUAUGUCUCCAUUUUAGAGAUAAAUGAAAAAUGUAAUCCCCAAAUUAUUAUUCUUCUUCUUUUAGAAUGGGCUCUGUCUAUCACACUUUGAUUAUAAAUGUACAGUCAAGUAUGAUUUUCAUGUAUAGGGCAAGUUUGAGAAUCGGUAGGAUGUCUGAACACAGUCCAUGAAACUGCAUCUAAUGUUUGAUUUGUGGAAGAUUAAAUGAUAUUGAAAUGGGA